AUUUGUGUCCCCAUCCAUCUAUUAUUCCAUUUAUACAUUUCCCGUUCGAUUCUCUCUUUCUUCUUCUGAAUAUGGAUGUGAUCGAGCUUCGAGUUUUCACGGCAGUGGUUUCCCUUUCGAUGUAAGACAUCCACCUUCAGCUCCAACUUCAACCGCUAGGGUUCAAUCGAUCCAUCCAUCACUCCCAUGGAUCCUGAGCAGACUUUCAUCAGGGUUCAAGAACGAUUCUCACAUGUCCUCACACCAAGAAUACGAGCUUCUCUCGAGUACAUAUAUCUCUUCAUAGCCAUCACUCUCUUCUGUAUUCUGGUUGUUAUGCAUGCCAAUUACGUCCAACAGCCUGGGUGCUCAAGUGAACUUACUGGAGUUGCAACUACUGAAGCCCAACUUAUCCAAAUUAAGAUUACCAGUGCUGGCUUAUGGUCACAAAGUGAAUCUGGGUAUGAUUCAAAGAAUGUUGUUGACAAAGAAACUGAAAGUAAUGAUCUGAAAGUUGCAGAGCAAAAUGUUGACAAAUCAAACUUUGAGGAUGCACAGUUUUGGUCAACAUGGGUUAGUUCAAGCAGCAGGAGUGGGAAAUCGCCUCUAAAAUUCUGGAAAUCUGAUAAUGAACUUCUUGAAUCACAAUCUGAGACUUCUACUAACACUGAAAAUGUUGAAGAUACCUUCCGGAAACCUAAGAAAGAUGAGUCUCGUAGCAGAUUCCUUAUGUCAGCUAAAGAAUCACUUAAAGCUGCAAUAUUUCGUGUUCUUAGGAAAUGGCAUGGAAGGUUAUCGUUUUUUUGGAGACAUUCGACUCGAAUUGUGGGAAGUAUAUGGAAAAUGCAGGACAUUGCUGGGAUCCAUUUACAUAUUGAUAUCUAUAAAUAUCUUCGUAUACUUCAUCUGGACAAGCUUAAUUCAUUGGCAGUGCAGUGGCUUGAAACAAGAAGCAACGCAUUUGAACCAACUUAUCUGUAUACAAUGGAAAAGGGUUACUUUCUGCUGCCUGAAAAAGCCAAAGCUCAACAUAACAUCCGAACUGUCAACAUUAGCAUUUCAGCCCGGGACUCCUGCUUUGGGAACAGGUGGCAGCAGCUUCUGAUAAAUAGACUUGUAGGAUAUGACACUAUUUUGAUGAACAGUUUACUGAAUUCUCCGGGUCAAGGCUACUUGUAUAAUUACCAGACAAAAGAAUUCUACAAUCUUACAUAUGCACAUGAGCAACCAGAAGGGUCAGCCAGAUUUGGAGACUAUUUUGCUACCAAGUGUGGUGUGCUUAUGAUGUCACUCUUUGUGUUCUUCACCACAACAAUGUCAGUUUCAUUUACUUUAAGAGAGACACAAACUCGCAUGCUCAAGUUCACAGUGCAGCUCCAACACCAUGCGCGACAUCGUCUCCCGACUUUUCAGUUGAUUUUUGUUCAUGUGAUUGAAUCUCUAGUUUUUGUGCCUAUAAUGAUUGGGAUCUUGUUUUUUCUUUUUGAGUUUUAUGAUGACCAGCUUUUGGCUUUCAUGGUGUUGAUUCUUGUCUGGCUCUGUGAACUCUUCACUCUUAUCAGUGUUCGUACGCCAAUAUCAAUGAAGUUCUUUCCACGCUUCUUUUUGUUGUAUUUUCUGGUGUUUCAUAUCUAUUUCUUCUCCUAUACCCAUGGAUUUUCCUAUUUGGCCCUUUCAACAACUGCUGCAUUCAUGCAACACCUCAUCCUCUACUUCUGGAACCGAUUUGAAGUUCCAGCUUUACAAAGAUUUAUGCAAAACAGACGAUCACAAUUCCAACAACAACCAGACUUCCACAUCACCUCCUCCACAAUCCUCGCCUCAACUCUCCACAUCACCCGAUUAAACCCAUUAAGAAACGUAACACCAAAUCCACCACGAGGCGGUCAACCCGCUCCACCGCCAAUUCAAACAAACGGACCGCCGGAAAACCCCGCAACCCAACCACCGCCGCCAGAAAAUCAAGAAACCCAACCACCAAUUCCGGUGGCGGACGGUGGUGGAAACCCGGGAACAAUGAAUUCGUUCAGUUCGAUGCUGUUGUGGAUCUUGGGAGGCGCGUCUUCUGAGAGUUUGAAUUCAUUUCUCUCGAUGUUUAGAGAUAUGAGAGAUCAAGGACAAGGACAAGGACAAACGUAUGCGGAUGCCCCGAGGCAAGAAAACCGGGCAACUCAGACUUCUUCUCAAUGAAUUUGAAAAAUGUGUUGAUGUAUGCAUGCAUGUGUAUUGUAUGAUAUAUAUGCAUUGUUGAUAUUUUGUAUACUAGUGAUGAUGGUGGAUCUGAGUAAAUUAAACGACUUUAUAUAAAAGUUUUUGUAUCCA